AUGAGCAUGGAUACUUUUGUUACGAGAUGUACGAAUAUAUUCGUUAAACACAAAUCAACUGAACCUUCUAAUGUUGAGGUAAAACAGCCGGCCACUAAAUCAAUAAACCGUUGGGUUAUUGGAGUGAUGCUGGGUAUUUGGUCUGUUGUAAUGAUGGGAUUAGUGUUAAUAACUUUGUCUGCAGCGAAACUUAUUGACCGAGCAAUCCAGACACAUGACCUGGCUAAUCUUAAAUCUGCUAGUCUCCAGUUUACUAUAAUUGGUGUUGCCCUGUGCAUUGUUUGGGUAGUUGGAGUGAGCUAUGUGGUCUUCCAGUUUUUGAGGGCCAAACGAGAUGCUAAGUUACAAGGAGCUGAACAAGAUAUCAGUCAGGCACGUCGCAGGAAGAUGCACUGGAUUGUUAUAGCCCUAAUUGCCCUUGCAACCAUAGCACUUAUCACCUGGGGAGUCGUGCUGUCCAACCAUAUUGGAAUGAGCUGGGAAAUGUGGCGGGCUGUCUUAUGGCCAACCCAACAACACUUUGAUGAAGCUAUAACUAAGUUCAAGGGCAGCACUAUCCAGUCAAGCAAUCAGCCCCUUGAUGGGAUAGCAAGCCGUCUGCCUCGAUCGGUCAACCAGAACCUUAGUAUGACGCAGGUCAACAACCAAGUCUUGAUCUAUGAUUCUAUGACACUAAAGACAUCAAAGGUUACAUUGCCCUUGAUAGGAAAGAGAACGGCGAACUAG